ACCAAAUAUUUAGUGCCUGUGACAUAGGCUUAGAUAGGGCACGUUUUAUUUUAAUCUUUGUGUAUUCAAAAUUUAGCUUAUUUGAACAUUAAACAAUGUCUUACAAAGACAAUGCAAUAUUUAGUUAUUUCAUUUAUAAAGCAGCGUUUAUAACAGCACUAUGUCUUUCAAUCUUUGUUCUUUGGAGAUAUUACGUCAUUUGUCUUGUAGUUUUUCUGGCUUUUAAAGCAAUAACUACAUUACUGGACAGGUUUGUGUACGGAUAUAUAGACCCACAAAAGCGUGCUGUGUUUAUAACCGGCUGUGACACAGGCCUAGGAAACUGUUGUGCUCGGUAUUUAGAUAGCUGUGGGUUCAUUGUUUUUGCUGGAUGUCUAAACAAGAACAGUUCUGGUGCCCAAAGUUUGAAAACCGAUUGUUCGUCCCGGCUUCGCAUUGUUGAAGUGAAUGCUACAAAGCAAGAAAGUAUUGAAGAUGCAUUUUCCUAUGUUCAGAAGCACCUGCCCAACAAAGGACUGUGGGGCGUGGUAAACAAUGCUGGUAUGGACAUGCUCGGAGAUGUUGAACUGACCCCCGUGUCACUUUACGAGAAGUGCUUUGAACUGAACUUGUAUGGGUAUAUACGAGUGAUGAAAAUAUUCCUUCCUCUAAUUAGACAAUCUAAAGGACGUGUGAUUAAUAUGUCAAGUGUUCGGGGGCGAGUGUAUGAACCAUGUCAAGGUAAUUACGAGACAGCUAAACAUGGAAUAGAGACCCUCUCUGACUCGCUGAGACUAGAAAUGGUUAAAUUUGGGGUCAAGGUUAUUAUCAUAGAGCCUGGAGAUUUCAGUAACGCAACGGCGAUCGGAUCAGAGCCUCAGAUAAGAAGAAAUCAACUGGAAGUAGAUGAAAUAUGGGAAUCAGCAAGAAGUGAGGUUAAACAAUCAUACACGAAGAAAGGCAUAGAUUCAUGGAUUCAACCACCUAAAGGAGGUUGGCCCCCUAAGGCAGAUUCAACAGCUGUAGCGAAGGCUGUUGCGCAUGCGCUUUCUAGCGAAAUACCAAAACAUAGAUAUCUCGUUCAGGGAAAAUGGGCUAAAGUUCCAUUUGAUUCAUGGUUUUUGACAUAUGCACACAAUUGGUUGCCAACAUUUAUUGUUGACAAAUACAUGAGUUAUUGGAAGAGAGACCUUGUUUAUCCAUCCACUAGAUAGGUUUCAGCUGGAGCUGAAGAUUUCUCCUUUGGCGUUAUUAUUAUAUAUUCAUAAUAAACAUCUCCAUUUAGUUGCCUUAGUAUACUGUCAUUGUAUCUCCAUAUUUCAUAUUGUACAAUCGUUACCAAGCUAAAUAUCUUAUAUGAACUUGUCCAUCUUUUAGUCUAGGCAUGCACCAUUUUUUAACAGCGAAAAGCGCAGACCAUGAUCACGCGGCACGGAUGUCUGCUCCGGUCGCAUGAGAAGAAUUUGUUGUACAUGUAGUCAGAAUGCAAUAGGUUAACCGGCUUUAAAUGUCAGCCGACGUUGUAUUGUAGUGUAUGGUAUGGUGAAGCUUUAUCUAACUCUUAAAUAAAAUUAACUUUUCUCAAUUAUACAUUAACGAAUAUGCAAAUUAAGUUAGUUUGAAAUUCAUUUCUUUUAUCAAAUCAGUUUUAUUUCUGUGAUUGAUCAUGAAUGAUUUCAGAAAAUAUAUUUUAUACUAAGUAAACACAGCUUUCCUUUCAUUAUGCGUCUCAACAAAAUGACAACUAUUAAACUUGAAAACAUUCCCAUUGUUUUGCACUAGAUCAAGUUAGAAAGGCGUGGGCAGAGAAGUGUACAUUGCUAUAGACAAAUAAGAUAUAUUUCAUAUUAAUUAUUUCCAAACAAAAAAGUAAGAAAUGGUAUGGAUUUGUUACAAAGUAAUUUCACUGAAACCCAUGUAAUAAAAUACAGAAUGUAUAUCAUGAUACUAUCGUGAAUUGUUUAACUUU